AUGGGGCUUGCUGGUAGUUACCUUUGGUCCAUCAUAUGCUUCAUCAUCCAUCAAUCAAAAGCAUCGUCUGCGGAUCAAGAUGAUACCUAUCACCAAAUCCAAUUGGCCCUCCGCAACACAGACACGGAAGCCAGCUUGGGCUGGAAGCUCUUCAGAGUGGGCGCCGUUCACCAGGGCUCGAGAGUCAAUGCCUUCGGUCGCACGUACUGGCUGAUCGUACUCGCGAUGGUCCACGCCGCCGGUAUCGGCGCUCUUGGUGGUCUUUCUUCAAGGUUCAUUGCUGGCAGCGAUGCUGUUCUCGCCGUAAAGGGAAAAUGCGGUUGGAUGGAUGAGGUCGCCAAGAACGAAUCCGUGGUGCUUACGGAAGAGCUCAAGAAACCGGGAAAUUUCGAGAUUUUCAACGGACUGGUGGUCAUGGCAAGAUACGGAUAUCGUCAAAGUGCUAGCUAUGCACGAUCAUGCUACGCCCAGACCAGCGACAACUCUUCGAACGCGUGCGAGAUCUACACACUGCCUACUUUGCCCUACAACGUCAGUCGCUCGGAACCGUGCCCGUUCAACGAGAAGGUCUGUAACGGAACAGCGAUGACAGCGGAUAUGGAUGGUAUUCGAUCCGAUCUCGAUCUCGGCAUCAAUACUUUACCAGAAAGUGCUGUUACCUUGCGUCAAACUUGGACUUGUGUGCCUGUUGAUGCAGAGCCAUGGGCCACGCCAUGGGGCGACGCGAAUGAACUACACAUGGAUAUCAGCACGGGCGGGCGCUGGGAUGAACAGGUACCCAGGGAGGAGGAGCGCAUAUGCUACAAAUUCGGGACUGACGAGACUGGACAAACGUCCUUCCUCUUUUGCCUCACGAGGAAUUCUCUCAAGUACGGUGACGCUGCGUACGACAUAAAAUCUGCCACUUCCUUCGUGAACUACAACGGCUCUUAUGCACCGCUCUUCAAUCCUGUUCCCGAACUCGACAUUCAAGACGCCGAUGUGACCCUGAUGGGCCUGACCUCCAGGAUUGCGUACCCAGAGCCAAUACAAGAUCCCUGGUUCACUGCAACGAACCACAGCGUUGGUUCAGCUAGCUCCUAUAACAACGACAGCUAUAAAGCGACCCAUCCGCGAUCUUUCCUCGGAUGCCGCCAACGGUACCAGCUCUGCACCGUUGAUCGAUCAUUCUGCUCCCCGUACACGGGCAUCUACGGCAUUCCGCACGAAGACAAGAAUCUGACGGCUCUAAACCCCACGCAGAAAGCCGUCUUCCAGCUCAUGUGGAAGAUGAUAUGGUUCACACAACUCAACUUCCAACUAAUCUUCAUCGGCCGCGAAAACCUCAUAGCAAACGACUACCUCUGGGACGGCGGCACCCAAUUCGGUCUCUCCGCCGCCCUCCCCUCCAACCACUGGCAAACAGAAGUCUCAAAUCUCUUCAACGUCAGCCUCGCCGCGUUGCAACGUGCUGCUCCCGCUUUUGCGCAGCCCCCAGAGUUUGACGUCGGAAACCACAUCCCGGGUGCUAGCAACAGCAUUUUAAGAUUCAUCAAAGAGCCAGAGAGCACCGGGAUGAAAGCGUUAUGCGACAGUGUGAAGAUGCGGUCGAAAGCCCACACGAGCUUCUCCGUUCUGGGACUCGGCCUCCUUAUCGGGCUCGGCCUCAUGGUUAUACUGACUAGCACCAUCUUGCCUGUGGCUGCGGCACACUGGCAGCUGCGCACGGGCAAAGGCGCGUACAAGCGCCUCGAGUGGGUCGAGAGCAAUGCCUUCCAGGUGCAGCGCAUGGCUGCCGAGGGCCGCGGUGUAGGCCCCUGGCGAGGCAAGGAGCUCGAUGUGCCGACGUUGGUGGCGGGAAGCGAUAGGUUUAAUCUGACGGGUAUGAGUUUGAGGCAGAAAGACGGGGCGGGCGGGCAGGAUGGAGGGUAUCAGGGGGCUUGGGGAGGAUACGGGAAUAUCCCAUCUUUGAUACCGCAAACGCUAAAAACUACACAUCCUACGCACGCCCUUGCGCCUCUCCCAGUCACUACCACCCCACAAGAAGGAACAAAACUCCGGAUGCGGCAGGCCGAACUUACGUCUCAUCUCUAUAGUCUCAAAUUGAUCCAUAGACAUGAAUGCGUACGCCUCACUACGGCGCCAGACGUCCUUGAUGAUCAGAAUCGGAUGUGA